AGUGUGUGCCGCCGACGUCAGAGCGUGCGCCAAAAAAGGAUGCCCAAGCAUGGAUGGAGCAUGCGAUGCGUCGCACACUAAACAGCCCAACAAUUGGAGGCACUUUCAAUGCUGUCCUAGGUAUAAAUACGCCUCGCUGGACUGCCAAGUACAACAGUCGUCGGCUUCAGUCUCCUAGACAACAUCUCAAAAACCAUUCCCAUCGAUAUGGCCAAGUUCCAAGUUCUGCUCGUGAUCGCGGUCUGCGUUUUGGCCAUCGCCCAGGCUCAGCAGCUGCAGCGUCAGCGUUCGUCGUCACAACGUUUGAGCCGUGGACGUUCCCGGUACUUUGCUCGCCAGGAGCUGGCGGCAGAUGCAGAUGCCGCCGCCGUCACGCCAUAUCCGUCGGCCGAUGAGCUGAAGCCGGAGGUGCCAUUCGAUGAGGCAGCCGCUCCUGCCGCCGUGGAGCCCACACCGGAUGCUGUCUACGGACCCCCAGAUGCUGUGCCAGCUCCCAACAAUGUGCCCGAUGAGGUCUACGGUCCACCCGAUGUCACCGGCAACGAUCUGCCCGCUUCCGCCGAUGUGCCUGCCGAGCAAGCGCGCCUUGUGGCUGCCAGGCGGCAAGCUGCCAAGCUGCGUCGCGUCCAGCCGGCUGCCUAUCGCCGUGUCGCCUCCGCUGUGGCACGUCCGGCCAAGCUCAGCGCUGCGAGACGUUUCUGAAUUCAUAUACAAUUCAUUUGCUUGCGAGCUGCCUAAAUUUGGCAGUCGCAUAGCUAGAUGAUUAACAGGUACAGACCCCUAAAACCCAUGACGAUUCCAAUGACGACAUGCACACAAAUACUAUAACAAUACACUCACACAAGUACACAACACAAAUAUUAAUAUUGAUUGUACGAAAUUGCAAAUAAAAUGUUUGGCAAUCAUAACAAAA